UAAAGGGCCACGUCGCCCACCUCCCCCAAAUCAACGGCGAGCUGAGAGCGAGGGCGAGAAAUCCCCAAAUCAAUCCCCAAAUCGAUCUUCCAAUCCAAGAAGCCAUGGCGUACGCGGUCCCUCCCGGCGACGACGACGAUCUGAUGAACGUCCUCAGGCUCCCGCUCAGGCAACUCCCUGCCUGGGUGAACAAGGAUGACCUCUACCGCGACGUUCCCCACGUCGUCGCCGGCGACUCCGUCCAGUCCACCGACGGCGCUGGAAGGCCGGCGUACUACGUCCUCACGCCGCUCCGCGCCAUGGGUGGCCGGACGAGCCGCACGGUCGGCGCCGGAUACUGGAAAGUGGAGAAGACCGUGAAGCUCCCGACCGCCGACGGCGCCGGUUCUUCCAAGAUGGCGCCACAUGGAACCUGCGCCAAGCUUUCGUUCAUCUCCCGCCCACCCGGCGGACCGGAGGGGAGGAACGGCUGGCUCAUGAAGCAGUAUCUGCUCCCCCACGCUCCAGGUGCCCCCGCAGGCCCCGCCCUCUGCAAACUGUACUUCAAGAAGUCGGCGGCGGCGGCGUCGACUACAUCUACGGCCGCGGCGGCGGGGAAGGCGGCCGCGGCUGCUCGUCCCAGCCGCCUGCCUGCGUCCGCCCCUUCCCGGAGCUUCUUCUUGAAGAAGCCGGCGGCGGAGGCGCCAUCUACGGCGGUGCCGCCGGCGACGAAGGCGGCGACAUCCCAGGACGCGGGCGCUCGUCCCCUGCGCCUGCGCGUGCCGACCUCCACCACUUACGCCAGCCGGCUGCGCCUGCCGGCCUCCAUCCCUUACUCCAAGAUCUUGAAGAAGCCGCCCGCCGAGGCGCCAUCUACGGCGGCGAAGGCUCCAUCUCGCGCCAGCAGCUUCCGCCGGCCUGCCUCCACCCCCUGCCCGAUGAAGAAGCCCGCGGCGGAGGCGCCACCUGCAGCGGAGCAGGCGCCGGCAAAGGCGGCCGAGGCGCCAUCUACGGCGGUGAAGGCUCCAUCUCACGCCAGCAGCUUCCGCCCGCCUGCCUCCAUCCCCUGCCUGAAGAAGCCCGCGGCCGAGGCGCCAUCUACGGCGGCGAAGGCUCCAUCUCACGCCAGCAGCUUCCGCCCGCCUGCCUCCAUCCCCUGCCUGAAGAAGCCCGCGGCGGAGGCGCCACCUGCAGCGGCGCCGGCGCCGGCAAAGGCGGAGGCGGCCCCUUGCGCCAGCCAGGACUCCACGCCUCCACUGCGCCGCCAGCUCUCCCCCGGCACCACACCCGGCAGGAGGUGGGUGCUGGUGGAAACCGAGGCGACCAGCCCCCCUCCCCAGCCAAACCAUGAUCGCAUCCUCAAGCGAAUCUACAAGCUCGCAGAGCUGGAGGUAGUCGAUGUCGAGGAAGGCGAACUUUUGGAGCAGGGGCACUAUCUUAGAAAAAAAGGAAAAUUCUCUUGCGACAAGUCCUCGUUUAUGCUCCUUAAGGACGACUAUUGUAGCUUCAGGAGUAGGGAGCUUUCCUGAACUUGGUAGUACAGGAAGGAAAACUUGGUAGUACAGGAGGGAGCUUUCAACCAUCCUUUCUUCUAAGUGGUAUGGAUAAAGUUGCCUUCUUCAUAAGCCAAAUAAUGCAUAUUCUUGAAUGACAGACUCUGUUCCUUUGUUAACAUUUCCUUGGAUCAAAAUCAUAGUUAUCAUAUAUACUUUGGCUCGUACACAAUUUUGUGGGUGGCAACCUUUGAGUAUUUCAUACUAUGCACCAAUAUGUUUCCCUCAAUAGAACUUAAUUGUACCAAUCUGCAAUGGUGUUUCCUUGUAGAAGGUAAAUGUAAGAAAUUGACUGCAUUCCUGUCUGGUUGCUUUCAAUAAAGGAUGAAUUAUGAAUAUGAAUCUUCCAAAGUUUGUUAAUUAAAUUGAUUAUAGUUCCAACCAAAAGCUUUUUUUAUCCUCACUUGCUACUUUGACUCUCGGUGCUUUCUGAUGUGCCAUCAUUUAUUUAUUUCGAAGUCUUGAUUUUUUCUGAAUGUGAAGGUUCAAAAUAUUAACUGCUUGAAAUGAGGUGGCCAUUUCAUCAAGAGAUUAGAAAUUCUAUUCACACUGGCAAAAAUAUGCUUACUGGACAACUGUUGUCUAAUUUCUGUGACCUUAUUUAGUUUCAGUUUGUGUUGUCUGCGGCACAGACACUCAUUUCAAAGGCAGGGCUGCGUCAACGAUGCGCGUCAAUAAUUAGGCUGAUGGAAAUAGCAAACUUUGGGCGCGGUCUCCUUGAUCCUGUAGCAUCUUCGCUCUCUGGCCAUUACUUGUGCUCCUUUUGCUAGUUCCUUCAUUUUUCAUAUGCUAGUCUACAAUUUGUCAUUGUCACAGUGUUUGCAAUUUUGUUUCUGCAGGUCAUGCUCAACUUUUUCACCUUCUAAACCUGUGUCCAGCUCAGUGCCAAGGCGAAGGGAAGCCCCAAUCACCAAGAUGGCGGAGAAGCUUCUGUAUUGUCGUCUUGGCAUCACAGAAGAGGGUGUUCCAAGGCCGUCUGCCAUCCAUUGCCAUCGAUGCAUUGCGCGCCCUCUUCCAACUUGACUGUGACCUCUCCACAGCCAUCGAAGAUGCUCCUGUUGCCCAUGGAGUGAUCUGGACCGCCAAAGACACACAGAUGGUUGUGGUUUCCGCUGUGGUCGAGUUCCCUGAUCGUAGCUUAGUCUUUUGUGAGAUGUGUGUUGAGAUGCUGCUUGCUGUACCAACCAGCAGUCUGCUUCUCGUGAUGUUCCCCUUGCUGUACCAACCAGCAGUUUGUUUACCCUGUUGGGCAACUGUAGGGGUUGUGAAAUGUAGGUAACGUCUCUAAAUGAUGACUAUGAUGUUUAUGAAUGCUGACUAUGAUGUUUAUAUGCUGAUACAAUGCAAAUUAGUUGUUUCUUUA